GUAUGUGAUCAAACGGUUCACAGCCACUGUGCUGCAGCCGUUAGUUUACACAGAUAGAACCUGCUAGCAACCAGCUCCUUUCACCCACCUCUCCUCUUCAUGCAGGUCCAUGUGUCUGCCCCACCCUACACAAGCUGUCAUGAAGGUCCUCUCCUAGGCCAGCUGGCCUGACUCCCUUGCACCACUCAACUCUCCAGACACGCCCUUAGUGCUGCCUGCUUCACUACUGCCUGCCUGCUUCUCUGGCUCCUGCAGCAGCAGCAUCUACUGUCUGCCACUACCUCUCUGCUCUGGCUUCUGUCUGCUCCUGCUCCUAGACUCACCCUCCUCCAUCACUCCAGCUCUGACACAGCCAAUCAUCACCCACCUGACCACCCCGCACCCACUCUACCCCAACUAGCCUCCCACUACUGCUAUUUCCUCCCCACCUCCCAAGGAAACCAGAAGUUAACUGGCUGGAACAGGUUACUCUCUAUUAUGAAGAGCUGCCUCGUUAGAUGUUGUUUCUUCAAAUGGGUUUCUGCAGUGGAAGCAAACAACCUGGGUUGGAGGAGCAUAUAUCAAUGGUACAGCUGAAAUUGUCUAUCUUCCCACAAGAGGACUAGUGUGGGUCCAGGCGCCAAUAGGAUUUGCUUUGUCCCUUGUUAUUGGUGGCCUCUUCUUUGUAAAUCCAAUGAGAUCCAAAAAUUAUGUGACAAUGAUGGAUCCUCUCCAAGAAACAUACGGGAACAUGAUUGGAAGCCUUCUCUUUAUUCCACCUUUAAUAGGAGAUAUAUUCUGGUUUGCAGCUAUUCUUGCUUCAUUAGGGGCAACAAUGAGAGUCAUUUUGGAUAUUGGAGGCUAUUUGGCCAUAAUCAUAUCGGCAUGCACUGUUAUACUCUACACUUUACUGGGAGGGCUGUACUCAGUUGCAUACACAGAUGUGAUACAGCUGAUUUUUAUUGUGCUCAGCCUGUGGAUCUGUGUCCCAUUUGCCCUGCUCAACUCUGCAACAGAAAACAUUUAUUACACUGCUGCUCAGGAAUCCUACCAAGCCCCUUGGAUUGGGCAAGUACAAACAGAAUAUCUUGGAAGGUGGCUGGAUGACUUCUUAUAUCUGAUUCUUGGAAGUAUCCCGUGGCAAACUUAUUUCCAACGAGUUCUCUCAGCCUCCUCACCAAGACAAGCAAGGCUCAUUUCCUAUCUCUCUGGAUUGGGGAGCUUUUUAAUGGCCAUCCCCUCUGUGCUCAUAGGGGCCGUAGCAGCAUCCACAGACUGGAAUCAGACGAGCUAUGGUCUUCCAACACCAGUGGAGAGAGGAGAGUCAGCCAUGAUACUGCCAUUGGUGCUGCAUUAUCUCUGCCCGACCUACAUUUCCAUUGGCGGCUUGGGAGCGAUCGCUGCUGCCGUCAUGUCUUCUGCAGAUUCAGCCCUUCUCUCUGCCAGCUCUAUGUUUGCACACAACAUCUACAGAAAAAUUCUUAGGAAACAGGCUACAGAGAAAGAAGUUGUCUCUAUAAUGAGGGUCUCCAUGGUGGUUUUUGGGGCAGCAGCUGCAGGCCUGGCUUUUUACUUCCAUUCUAUUUAUGAUCUGUGGUUCUUGAGUGGUGAGCUGGUGUACACCCUUCUCUUUCCCCAGCUCUGCUGCGUCCUCUUCAUUCCCAACACCAACAUAUAUGGCUCAGCUGCUGGAUUCUUCUUCGGGUUCCUGUUAAGGCUGCUGGCAGGGGAACCUUCCCUGAAAAUCCCCCCUAUAAUCCACUACCCAGGCUGCUCCCUUGUGGACGGCGUCUACGUUCAGCUGUUUCCUUUUAAAACCUUCACCAUGCUUCUCACUUUGGGGACUAUUGUCGCUGUUUCAUACCUGGUGGCGUUUUUGUUUAAGAGAAACAUCCUCCCUCGCAGGUGGGAUGUUUGCAGUGUAAUAAAAGAAAAUGGUGCAUUCACCCACCCGCCCUGCGCCAGAUAGGAGAACAGGUGAAUUUACAAGCACCUAUGCUACUAGAGAAUCAUGAUUAAAUGCAGGGCAUCACUGAGCAUUCUGCAGUUAAGUUAGCAGGUUAAUGACAUUUCUUUUCCAGUCUUCUCUCGCCAGUCAUGAAUUAUUUGGUAGAUUCACAAAGAAAACAAUAAUUCCAUUUGCACUAUUAAAAGGAAUGAAGUCAGAAUAUGCAACAAUUUAAGGGCAUCUGGUGAAGGAACUUGAUCUUGCAGUGGUUAGAAUUGUUAAUAUAAUGAAAUAACGCAAUGCUUCUGCAUGUUCUUGGUACUAGGAGCUUGAAAAAUGCAGUAGGGAUGAGAGGUUACAAAGUGAGUUGCCACAGAUGUGAACUUCAUACGUGACACCUCCACAUCACACAACAAAGGGGACUGAUUGAUCCUUUAACAAAUUGUAUUUUAUUCAUAAGACACACACAGGCUGAUCCUGCUCCCAUUGCAGCAAAUGGGAAUUUUACUACAGACUUCAAUGGGGAUAGCAUCAGGUCUAUGAAAGUAUAUAGACAAGUAUGCUACCUUUUGAAUUUGAUAUAGUCCCCAGUAAAAUGGCAAAGCCAUCUGUUGGGGGAGAGAUCAGAUGCAGAAAAAAAUAAGUCACCCACUACUUUUACAAUGCAUAAAUUAUAUAUUGGACCAACCAGGCUGUUGAAAUCAAUACUUUACAUUAGCUAGACUGAAUUUUACAGACGUAUGGUCUAAUCACAGUUUAAACAGAAGUCUGGAAGCCGGAAAUUCCUGAGUUCUAUAUAAGCCUUUGCCAAUGACUUCCUCUUGUGGUCUUGGUGAAGUCAUUUAAACUAUGGUCCCCAGUUUUAUUAUCUGCAAAAUGGGGAUAAUGGCCCCAAUUCAGAAUCUCACUUAAUCACAUGCUUACCUGUAAGCAACUGAGCAAUCUUAUCUCUGUUUAGCAAAGGACUUCAGCACAUGCUUAACUUUAAGCACGUGAGCAGUCCCUCUGACUUCAGAUUUUGAACAUGCUGAACUGCUUUGCUGAACCAGGAAUGACAAUACUUAUCUACAUCACAUGAGGUGGUGAUGAUUAAUUAGCUAAGGUUUGUAAAGAGUUUGAAGAUGAAAAGUUUUAAGUAAGGAUCCACCCACUCCAGCUUUCACUGAAGUCAUUCAAAACUGCCAGUGAUUUGAGUGGGAGCAAAAUUGUGUUUGUACACUGAUUUGAACAUAGAAGGCACUAGACAUGGAUAAUUACCAUUAAAUCUCGGUUACCAUAUAAAGACACAAACAUAUUACCCAAAAAGAAGGUAAUGUAAUUGACACAAACAAUCUCAAUCCUUAGCCUUACCACUGAGCCUGCUAACCAUCCUGGUGGCUAACAUGGACAGUUGACGCAUGUCAACUAGGAUCUAUAUUUAGACCAACUCUUUGUGUAUAGGUUCUCUGAACAUCAGUCACAUAAGGAUUCUUCAUCAUUACUAGGGCCCUACCAAACUCACAGUCCAUUUUGGUCAAUUUCACAGUCAUAGGAUUUUUAAAAUUGUAAAUUUCAUUAUUUUAGCUAUUUAAAUCUGAAAUGUCAUGGUGUUGUAAUUGUAGGGAUCCUGAUCUAAAAAGGCAUUGUUAUUGUAGGGGGGGGUUGUGGUACUGUUACUUCUUACUUCUUCUUACUCCUUACUUCUGCACUGCUGCUGCUGGUGGCGGCUGCCUUCAGUGCUGGGCAGCUGGAGAGCGGCAGCUGCUGGCUGGGAGCCCAGAUCUGAAG